ACCGUCUUUGUGUUAAUUUCUUCAAUUAACUUUAAUUAUUAAAUUAAAUGAAAUUAGAGUGUAAUUUAAAUAUUUACAUAAUUGAAAACUACAUAUUUCUAUAAAAUAUGUAUACAUUUAUUUAUUUAUGACGUGAAAUAUAAUCACGUUUAUAGAAGACAAUACUUUAUGGAUAUUCAGCAUAUUUAAGGGUUAAGUUGGGGUGCGUAAUAAUUUUCUAUUAUGAGUGAAGAACAAUUAAAAACAACAAAAUCAUAUUGGAGUUGCAAUAUAAAUACAGACAAUUAUUCUUUAGAAACAUCGACAGAUCUAAUGAAUAAUAUUUUGACAAUUGAAGAAUCAAAAUCUGAACAAUAUAGUCAAAUUGAUUCACUAGAUGAUAUUGAUUUGAAAAAAGAGGGUGAAGCAAUUUCAUUAGUUUCAAUAGAAGGACAAAUUUAUGCAUUUAAAAAUGAUAAAUUUCAAAAUGUAGAUGAGACAGAUUUUUUAAAUUAUAAUAAUAGUGAUAAUGCUCUUUCAAUAUCAAAUGAAGAAAAUGCAAAUGAAACAACAUUUAAUGAAUUUUCUGAAAAUUUACACGAUCAGGAGAAAUGUUAUGAAAAUUUUACAAAUCAAAUAAAACAUGUUUCAUGUGUCAAUGAGGAAAAUGAAAUAAAUGAACAUGAUUUUGUUGAAGUUGUAACAACAUUUAAGUGUAAAAUUUGUCCUUUUGCUUCACAAGAUAAAUCAGAAUUGUUGUCACAUUUGCAAAAUAUUCAUGUGAAUCCGAAUAAAGAGUUAAAGGAAGCAACAAUUGUUGACGAUACGAAUAAAGUUAAAUUGAUUUACAUGUGUGGCGAGUGUUCUAUUUGCUUUUCAACCAUAGAGGAAUGCAAAAAGCAUAUGAUAGAUGAUCAUGAAUUGAUUGAUCGAAGUGGUAAAAGACAAAGUACGGAGAGUAAUUCGAGUUUGGAAUCAAGAGAAUUAUUAACCGAUGACAAUGUUGGUAGUGUUGAAUCAGGUUCAGAAACUAAAUUACUAAAAUCGCAGAAAAUGAAAAAUGUUCAACAAAAAAAUGUUGAUGUAAAGGAGAGAAAAGUAAAAUGUACAUACAGAGGUUGUCUUUAUAAAUUCAGUAACAGUGAAAAAAUGCAACAGCAUGCAAUUUGUCAUGAUGAUAUACAAAAUGUAAAUCGUUUCAAAUGCAAUUUUUGUCGACAAUUAAAAUUUCCCAAAUGGAAACAGUGUAGUUUACAUUUAUGGAAAUUACAUCAAAUAGAUAUCGAUCUUUUGUCAUGUAAAAUUUGUAAUUCUUACAAAAGUACAACAAUGGUGAAAAUGAUAACGCACAUGAAAGUUCAUAAUUUAAAUAAAGAUUACGAAUGUCCUGAUUGUGGUAAAUGUUUUAAGCAAUCAAGUCAAUUGAGAAAUCAUAGAGUUAUUCAUUUAGAUAGAAAAACUGCUGAAAUUCCACGUUGGUAUACAUCGAAAAUAUGUGAAUUAUGUGGAAAAACAUAUGCCGAUUCAAAAUGUUUAAAAAAUCAUAUACAAGCGGUACAUUCAAAAUUACGUCCCUAUGUUUGUACAGUUUGUGGUCAUUCCAGUGCAAGAAAAUCUAUGUUACAAAUGCAUUUACGACAACACACUGGCGACAAACCAUUUAAUUGUGAAUUAUGUGAUUAUAAAACCGGUGAUCAUAAUUCAUUGCGUCGACAUGCUAUGAGGCAUACAGGAGUUAAACCUUACAAAUGUCCACAUUGUCCAUAUUCGGCAAUACAAAGUAAUAGUUAUAAAAAUCAUUUGCGUUCAAAACAUCCCUUACUUUCCGGUGUAUUUACCUGUGAAUUAUGUUCAUUUGAAACAGUCAAAAAAGAAAGUUAUCUACAACACAUUAAGGAUCAUGAGAAGGGUUUUAUUAAAGUUUCUAAUCCAACUAAGGUUACAGAUGGUGAAAAUGUUGAAGUUUUUCCCGGCAAUAUUGCAGCGGCACAAUUAAUUUACAGUUGUUUGGGUGCAUUUUCUAAAGUUGGAAGGACAAUUGAGGCAAAUUUAAUGUCAUCAUCAACAUCCGCUGAUGGUACAUCGCAAACAAUAACAAUACAAAUACCAUCGAAACAUCUUGAGGGUUCAUUACCAUCAAAUGAGACAACAUCAUUAAAAACUGUUCCACCAAUAGAACAAGACGAUGAAGAAACAAUGCAUUGCUUUUUAAAAAUACCAAGAGAAGAGGAGGAAAAUAUUGACACUGGCGGUAUAACGAUACCAGCCGAGCCCGAAGAUAAUAAUAUAACCCAAAUGAACAUUGAAAAGUGAUUGUGAUAAAACAAAACGAAAAGAUAAGUGUUCUAUUUAACAAUUUUUUUUAUUAUAUAUAUAUUUUCCAUAAAGCGUUUACAAUUUAUUUAUAAAUAAUAAUUGAUUUUAUUGUUAAAAAAACACGUAUUUAAUAUAAAACUCAACGUAAUUUCUUUUGUUAAAAAAAAGUGAGGUAACUUGAAUUUUGAAAUAAUAAAUUCAAAUUUCUUUUAA